UUAAAUAUUUUUAAUUAAUAUCAUUUUCCCCCUUAGAGUCAUAAUAAAACCACAGUUAAAGUUGUUGCUUGGGGUGCCUUUAUUUAAUAUGAGAAACCUGGAUAAAUGAGUAUCUUCUGUUUGGGGGGGUGAGUAUAGGAAUUGAACUCAGGAUCUUGUGUUUGCCCGGCAGGCACAGUACUGCUGAGCUACAUCCCCAACUCCAUCUUUUAAGUUUUAAUAAACGAAUCAGGUAUAUAUUACUGAGCUUUACUAUAUUAACAGUGGAAAGCUGUUGAUAAUCUUGAUUGCAAAGUUAACACAAGUCAAAAGUCAUGAUAAAAAUUAGUGUUUUUCUAGUGCUUUUUUAAUCUUCUCUGACUUGAAUAUUUGUUUUCCAUAGGUCUCUACUAGAAGAUGGCAAAGCCCAGCCAUAGCAGCUAUGUCCUGCAGCAGCUAAACAACCAAAGAGAAUGGGGUUUCCUCUGUGACUGUUGCAUUGCAAUUGAUGACAUUUACUUCCAAGCACACAAAGCUGUUCUAGCUGCCUGCAGCUCUUAUUUUAGAAUGUUUUUCAUGAACCAUCAGCAUAGUACUGCACAACUGAAUCUCAGCAACAUGAAAAUCAGUGCUGAGUGUUUUGAUCUCAUUCUGCAGUUUAUGUAUUUAGGAAAAAUCAUGACAGCUCCCUCCAGUUUUGAGCAGUUUAAAGUGGCAAUGAACUACCUACAGCUGUACAAUGUUCCUGACUGCUUAGAAGACAUACAAGAUGCAGACUGUUCUAGUUCAAAAUGUUCCUCUUCUGCUUCUAGCAAACAGAAUACCAAAAUGAUAUUUGGAGUAAGAAUGUAUGAAGACACCGUGGCUAGAAAUGGCAGUGAAGCCAACAGGUGGUGUGCAGAGCCAAGUUCAACAGUAAACACACCUCAUAAUAGAGAGCCAGAUGAAGAAUCUUUACAAUUAAGUAAUUUUCCUGAACCACUAUUUGAUGUAUGCAAAAAAAGUUCUGUGUCCAAAUUAUCUGCUCCAAAAGAAAGGGUGUCACGACGCUUUGGACGGAGUUUUACUUGUGACAGCUGUGGAUUUGGCUUUAGCUGUGAAAAAUUAUUAGAUGAACAUGUACUGACCUGUACUAAUAGACAUUCAUACCAAAACACAAGAUCUUACCACCGAAUAGUAGAUAUUCGAGAUGCAAAAGACAGUAACAUCAAAGCUGAAUUUGGUGAAAAGGAUUCAUCUAAAACAUUUUCUGCACAGGCAGACAAAUACAGAGGAGACACAAGCCAGGCUCCUGAUGAUUCUGCUUCAACCACUGGAAGCAGAAAAAGCACAGUGGAGUCUGAACUAGCUGGUGAAGAAAAAAGCAGGGCUGCAGAGAGGAAGAGAAUCAUCAUUAAGAUGGAGCCUGAAGAUAUUCCUACAGAUGAGCUUAAAGAUUUUAAUAUUAUUAAAGUUACUGACAAAGACUGCAACGAAUCCACUGAUAACGAUGAAUUAGAAGAUGAACCCGAAGAGCCAUUUUACAGAUACUAUGUUGAAGAAGAUGUUGGCAUUAAAAAAAGUGGUAGGAAAACUCUAAAACCUCGGAUGUCAAUAAAUUCUGAUGAAAGAGGUACUUUAGAAAAUCUGAGGCCCCCUAACAACAGCAGUCCGGUACAGGAGGAUAGUGAAAAUGCCUCUUGUGAGCUGUGUGGACUCACAAUAACAGAGGAGGACCUGUCUUCUCAUUACCUAGCCAAACACAUCGAGAACAUCUGUGCAUGCGGUAAAUGUGGACAGAUCCUUGUCAAGGGUCGACAGCUUCAGGAACACGCACAGAGGUGUGGAGAGCCCCAAGAUCUGACAAUGAAUGGGCUGGGAAAUACCGAGGAGAAGAUGGACAUGGAAGAAAACCCUGAUGAACAGUCUGAAAUAAGAGAUAUGUUUGUUGAAAUGCUGGAUGAUUUUAGGGACAGUCAUUACCAAAUAAACAGUAUCCAAAAAAAGCAGUUAUUUAAACAUUCUGCCUGUCCUUUUCGAUGUCCUAAUUGUGGCCAGCGUUUUGAAACUGAAAAUUUAGUGGUUGAACAUAUGUCUAGCUGCCUAGAUCAAGAUAUGUUUAAGAGUGCCAUGAUGGAAGAAAACGAAAGAGAUCACAGGCGAAAGCAUUUCUGUAAUCUGUGUGGGAAAGGAUUUUAUCAGCGGUGUCAUUUAAGAGAACACUAUACUGUUCAUACUAAGGAAAAACAGUUUGUUUGUCAGACAUGUGGGAAGCAGUUUUUAAGAGAACGUCAGUUGCGUCUGCACAAUGAUAUGCACAAAGGCAUGGCCAGUGGUGAAAUAGGGCCUUCUAAACCUCUGGAGAAGUGACAGAUCUGAAUUUGGAGAGGACAUGGGGAAGAAUCACUCUUCAACAGAUAAUCUAUAAGUGCAGACCCAAGAAUAUCAGAUCUGAAGUGACACCAUCUUUUCUGUCUUCCUGACAAACUUCAUCAACCCCAAAAGUUCCAGUUGCAAAGAUCCAAGAAAGCUCAAUAAUUAUCACUUUGGAAUCACCUUGUCAUAAUAAAAUUUAUUCAUGGUGACUUCUAGCAUUUGUGAAAAACUUACUAAAGAAAUGUAACUGUAAAACUCAUGAAAUCAGCUAUGCUAAAUGAAACUUUCUAUGCUAAUUAUCUUCAAGAGUCCCUUCUAAAAUAAAAGGGCUUGCCAGGCUUCUGUAAAUAUAUAUUAUGAAAUGCACAUUACCUAUUAUGAAAUGCAUAUUACUUAUUAUGAAAUUAGGCAAUUUUAAGAAGUUACAUCCAAAAAUCUGUGAUUAGUCUAAAAACAAUGGUACAGGGAAAAAAAACUUAAGGCCAGUAUUUUAACAAGAUCGUCUAGUUAUUGACUGAUGUAACAUUUGCCCUCCUUCCUUUCUGUGACUAUACCACUCACGUUUGACUUCAUAUUAAAGAAGGUCCUUUUUAAGACUGUUGGAAGGAAAAGCAAAGUAGUAUUAUUUUGUUAGUGGUAAGUUUUCACAAAUCACAGACAUGAGUUUCUUCUGAACCUAGUAAUAUAACCUAGUAAGGCAGAAUUUUUGUUAAACAUUUAUUCUCAAUAUACAUAUACAGCCUCACUCUCACUCUCAGCUUCAAAUUUCAGGAUAAAACUAAACUAAGUGUUGAAACUUUGAUGGUUGGCAUGGUUUAAAACCUCUUAUGGAGGAACUGAAUAUUUUGUGUCUUAACCUGGUUACAAAUGCUUUGCCGCAUGCACACAUGUACAUAUUUCUUAAGGAUGUGACAUGGUCAUAUUAUUUCCUUAUUGUGAAUAUACUUGUAAUUUUACCUUUGGUUAACUAUGUACCAAAUUCCCUAUUAUUUUGUCUUUUGUGCAAUAUCAAGAUGUUAUAUACUUUUAGAAAUGUUUUAUUUUUAUGCUUAUUUCUGCAUAUGUUUUACUAAGGCAUUUCACAAAAAGAUCUAACAUAAAGUGUACUUAAUAGUAUAUACAGAAAGUCAGUCACUUAAAAACCCUACCUGUAAAGUUGGAGGGUAACUUGAAUAUUCAUUCUAAUAAUUAGACUAGCUGAAACUCAGAGAAAGUUCAUUACAAUGGAAUAACAGAUAUGGGGAAAAGGAGAGAAAUUCAAUUAAGAGUUCAAAUACAUAUGAAAGUGCUUUAAGAUAUAAGUUUAACAAAGUCUUAGAGUCUAGAAAAUACUAGAUAAUGUCUUUUGGGAACAAGAAGCAUUUAGAAUUGAAAGCUAAAGAAAAAAAAAAAAGAAAAGAAACAAAAGACACAUUACCAGUAAUUAAAGCUGCCAGAUAAAUAUAGAAAUGACUCAAAAAGUAAUUUUUGAUUGAUGAAUUUUUUAUUGAAAGAAAUUUACUAAAGAAAAAUGGCUUAAAUUUUGACUGUCUUAACUGCAAGUGUAAUGAACUACAAUAAUUUCACAAUAAUUAUAAAUGGUAU